UAUACGCGAGAAAGGGGGACGGGGGGAGGGCAAACAUGGCUGACGAAGCAGGGGAAGUAAACACAGCUGUUACAGAGCGCGACGAAAAACAAGAACAAGAUGAGCCCAAAGUUUUACGACCAGCGACUAAUGGCGAACCGGAUGGGGGCAGCGAGCAGGACUGGACCGAGAGGCAGGCUUCCCAGGUCGCAGAGGAGAACAGCUGGUCGGCUCCUCUCCUGUCUCUGGCUCGUAAGGCCACAGAGACGAUUAGCAGCGGGAUCAGCUACGCUGCCAUCCAGAGAAAGCCCUCACAGGGAUACGCGGCGAGCUCCCCGACCGAGAAUGAGGCCGAAAGUGACCUCAGUAACUCAGCGAAAAAGCUUCCAGUUGUUCCCCCCAAAGACUCAAUGGCAAUAGAAAGAUCCAACCUGCUCAGCAUGCUGAAGCUCAGCAUCAGAGUGUUGAUUCAGUCUUCUAUGAGUCUGGGCAGGACGCUUGACUCGGAGUACCCUCCUCUGCAGCAGUUUUUUGUUGUCCUGGAGCACUGCCUCAAACACGGUCUUAAAGCCAAGAAAUCCUUCAUUGGUUACAACAAGUCUAUAUGGGGACCACUGGAGCUGGUAGAAAAGUUAUGCACGGAGUCUGUCAACAUCGCCACCAGUGCCAGAGACAUGCCUGGCAUUAAGACUGGUUUGGGGAGAGGAAGGGCUUGGCUGCAUUUGGCGCUUAUGCAGAAGAAAGUAGCCGACUAUAUGAAGGCCCUGCUGGACCACAAGGACCUCCUGAGUGAGUUUUAUGACUUUGGAGCACUGAUGUUGGAAGACGAAGGGUCGGUAAUGGUGGGGCUGCUGGUGGGCCUCAACGUAAUUGAUGCUAACCUUUGCAUUAAAGGGGAGGACCUUGAUUCACAGGUAGCAGUCAUCGACUUCUCACUUUAUCUGAAAGACUCUGCUAGCAAUGAGACUCCAAAAGAUGAUUCGAAGAUGACAGCCAUAUUGGAUCAGAAGCACUACAUUGAGGAGCUAAAUCGUCACCUAAGCGGCACCGUCACUGACCUUCAGGCUAAGAUGGACUCUCUAGAGAAGACUAAUAGCAAGCUUGUAGAGGAGCUGACAGCUGCCACAGACAGAAUCAACUCUCUACGGGAAGAACAGGAACAGCUGAAAAAGGAGAACGAGACGAUCUUGCAGUCCAGCCAGAGAAAAGAGGAGGCAGUGCUUCAGGACAGCCAGGCAGAGCUGGAGACAUACAAACAGACUAGACAAGGCCUGGAUGAGAUGUACAAUGUGGUGUGGAAGCAGUACAAGGAGGAAAAGCGCAUUCGCCAGGAGCUGGAGCGUGAACUGGAGCUGCAGGUGGGGAUGAAGCAGGAGAUGGAGGUGGCCAUGAAACUGCUGGAGAAGGAUACGCAUGAGAAACAGGACACGCUGGCAGCCCUACGGCUCCAGCUUGACCAAGUCAAGACUCUCAAUGUGCAGAUGUUCCACAAAGCUCAGGACUCGGACCGCCAAGCAGAAAAAAAGCAGGCAGAGGCCGUGCAGCUUGAGCAGAGGAUGAAUGAAAUGGAGAACACCAUGAAGGAACUUGAGCAGAGACUACAGAGAUCGGAGCAGGAGCGCAAGCAGAACGACCAGUCGGACGAAGACAUGAAGGUGGAGCUGCAGGGAAAAGUCGAUGCUCUGCAGAAACAGCUAACAGAUCUCGAUACGCUAAGGCUGGGGUUGGAGAACGAGCUGCGCAGUGAGAGGGAAGAGAGACAGAACUUGCAAAAAGCUCUCCAGAGGGAGCAGGACAACAGCACCGAACUGCACACACAGCUGCAGCAGCUCCAGGGCCUGCACUCGGAGCUGCAGGAGUUGAAGCAGGAGAAGCAGCAACUGCAGCAGAAGUGCGAGCAGCAGGAACAGGCUCUACAAGAAAUGGGACUGCAUCUCAGCCAGUCUAAACUGAAGAUGGAAGAUUUCAAGGAGGUCAACAAGGCCCUGAAGGGCCACGCUUGGCUGAAAGAUGAUGAAGCCACUCAGUGCAAACAAUGCCAGAAGGAGUUCUCCAUCUCACGCAGAAAGCACCACUGCAGAAACUGCGGAGACAUCUACUGCAACAGCUGCUCCAGUAACGAGCUGGCCUUGCCUUCGUAUCCACGGCCUGUGCGAGUGUGCGACGUGUGCCACUCCCUGCUGCUGCAGAGAAGCUCCUCCACAGGUUCCUGACGACAUACCCACAGGCUUUAAUGUUUUCUCCACACGCUCCAACACUGAAUAUACUCAUUUAAUGAAUUUAAAUACUUGUGUUAUGAAAAGGAAAAAGAAAAAAAAAAGGCGGGAAUGUGAUUUGGUGUUCCAUUGAUGCAGUUACCUGAAAUUCAGGCAUUUUAUUUGUACUGACAAUGGUCGCCUUUAACAUUGACAGGAUGGAUUUUAAUAAAAAGUAGUUUAUGCAGACUUUAUGCUAACAAGACUUUGCAUAGACAUGGAAAGGCUUGAGUAUCUGCCACCAGUGUUUCCCUGGGUUGGAUUAACAGAGUUUAACAAAUGUGGUAAUCUCUUGAUAAACUGGCCUUUUGAUAUGUGCAGUUUUUCUAAUUCAAACUGUGGAUGUACUGUUGGGAUUUCAGCUUGAGCUGAGAAUCUCUGCUGUUUGCAGGUUUGUGUACUCACAGAAUGUAAAGGCACACUGCUUUCUUUAUUUAGGAUGAUUUUCAAAAUAAAUUUAACAGAAAUAACCUGAAUAUUUUACUUUUGUCUUAAAAGAUUAUAUUUAAACCUUUGUGAAAAUCCUGAAUUAGAGGGGUGCAUUUUUAAUUCUGGAAGUGACUUUGAUAUUCAGCCUUGUUAUGCACUUUCCCCCUCCCCCUUUUUAAGAUCAGCUCUAACCCCACUGCUGGAUGCAGGCAGAAUUGUGUAAAUGACUGUAGAAUGUUGGCAACAGCAACACUAUUUUAGAAUGUAUUCUAUCAGGAUUUUAUGGAUCACGUCAACUGCUACAACGCCAUUUUCUUAAUUUGACUUCUUUUAACUUUAGAUAUUUGAUAAAUGAAUAAAGCCUCCUGUUUUUCCA